AACACGUCAGGUUGCUAAGUUAGCUCGUAAGCUAGCUGUACUUAGCUAACCUAAUGAUGUGGCUAGUGGAAACCCCCGGCCUGGUUCGUACCAGCGACAAAAUGAAACGUGGCUCCAUAGAGAUGAAUUGACUGAGUCAGAAACCUGACAGACCUGGUCCGACUCCGACGACAGGAAACGCCCCCCCUGCCAUGGCAGCUGGUGUCAGCGUCCUGAGUGACCUGCCUUACUCCAUGACUGGAGCGAGUAGAGCGAUCAGCAGAGAGAUGGAGACAGCCAAUGUGAGGGUACCCACUGCAAAGUACACCAAGAUGGGGGAGACUCUGAGGCACGUCAUCCCUGGCCACAUGCAGUGCUCCAUGGCCUGUGGAGGAAAAGCCUGUAAAUAUGAAAACCCCUCUCGCUGGAGCGAUGAGGAGCAGGCGAUCAAAGGGCUCUACUCGUCCUGGAUCACUGACAACUUGCUCGCCAUGGCAAGGCCUUCAACUGAAAUCAUAGAGAAAUAUAAUGUAAUUGAACAGUUUCAAAGGUGUGGUUUGAAGACGGUCAUCAACCUGCAGCGGCCCGGAGAACACGCCAGCUGUGGGAACCCAUUGGAGCAGGAGAGCGGUUUCACUUAUCGACCCGAGACUUUCAUGGAGGCAGGAAUCUAUUACUACAACUUUGGCUGGAAGGACUAUGGCGUGGCGUCUCUGACUACGAUCCUUGACAUGGUGAAAGUCAUGUCAUUUGCCGUACAAGAAGGGAAAAUGGCAGUUCACUGCCAUGCUGGUCUUGGAAGAACAGGUGUGCUGUUGGCCUGUUACUUGGUCUUCACAUCUCGGAUGAGUGCUGACCAAGCCAUCCUGUUUAUGCGAGCCAAGAGACCCAACUCCAUCCAGACCAGAGGGCAGCUGCUGUGUGUCAGGGAGUUUGCCCAGUUCCUGGUUCCCCUCCGAAGCAUCUUCUCCUGUGCAGAACCCAGAGCCAGCGCCGUCACCUUGUCCCAGUACCUCACCAGGCAGAGCCACCUGCUGCACGGCUAUGAGGCUCGGCAGAUGAAGAACGUGCCAAAAAUUGUCCAGGUGGUGUGCAGGCUCCUCCUCGACAUUGCGGCCAACAGACAAACAGUGAUCGAGCAGAGGUGGCUGGAGAUCCCCGACCUCACAGCAGAGGUGGAGAAGACUGUGUCCCAGCAGGCCCUUCAGCAGCUGGGGAAGGAGAUGAGAGGGAAGGGGAUUCCUGUCCCACCUUGUUUAUCUUAUCCUCCAAGCUCACCAGCUCUGGUGUCCAGAUCCUCACAUGAUCAGCCCCUCACCAGUGAGAGUGACCUGGACCCUCUGUGGAGGCAGCAGCAUGUAGAAAGCCCUCUAAGAUCUUUGUUUGACAGCAGGAGACUCAGCUACAGUGAUAGUGUCCUUCACAAACUCGCACCACAGCAGCACAAUUUAGGAAAUCUGAAGAACAUCAGUCCAUUCAACUACCUGCUCAAACAUUCCUUGUCUCACAGCAACCUUGCAGCCAUUAAACAUUCUAGAAUGUGUAAACUCUAUCCUCAGGACAUUAUCAGCUUUCAGGACCCAAAUACAGAAGCAAGGCAAGACACUUGGUCUCCCUUUUUAAAUAAGCAGUUACAUAAGGGGCUUCAGAGUUUGUCUUUAGAUCUUGUAGAGCAGGAAAGAAAAUCCCAGUGUAACGCCACACUUCCAGCCUUAUCAACCCAAAACAGAGGUGGAACCAGUGAGGAGGAGCCAGAUGUGGACACAUUGGAAGGCGGAGCAGAGAAAGCGAUUGUCACAGAGGGUCCCUUCACCACCCUCCAGUCUGAGCUGGCUCCAGAGAGCAGACGCCUGCUGGUGGCCAAAGUCCUGGCCAUGCACGUGAUGGACAAAGAUCUUACCUCGAAGGUCUCACAGUGGCAGACAGAGCUGAACUCCAGAGAGGGGGCAUGGGAGAGGCUGUGCAUGGAGACAGAGCCUCUGGUCCUCUCCGGUCUGAUGUGGUCGUGGCUGGAGGAGCUCAAGGAUCCAGUCAUCAGCAGUGAGGAUAUAACAGCUCUGAGUGGGAAGACGGUAAACCCACAGAACGCCCUUGACUCUCUGGAAAAGGGUCACCGGCUCACUUUACUCUGCAUCCUCAACUGUGCUGCUCAUCUCCUGCCAAUGCCUGAGGAGGUGGAGACCAGUUUCCUCAAGCAAACAAUCAAAGUGUUUACCAAGAUUGACCCUGCCUCAGAGAAGAACGAGUCUUUAUACACGACACUUAAAGCAAUCCUGACUCCCAUUCUCCACGAGCUGCGGGACAAAGCUGUGGAAGUGAACGAAGCCUGACCGAGCCUCAGCGCCACGGGUCAGACAAGAGGGACAGUUCCUCAUCUUCGGGCAUUAUUGUAUUUGAAGCCAGUUCCUUGCAUCAGAUUCUGCUGAUUUUGUUGUUCUUUGAAGCGCUUAUUAGACUCAAAGCACUGCCAUCCUCUGUGUUAAUGUGCCACUGUGCAGCGUUUGAAAGCAUCUGUUUGUCGUCUAUUCUCCUGUAAUAUUUGUGUACUUGUUAGUGGAUAGGAAAUGACCGAGGCAUUCUCGCGAUAUUAAUGUAAAUGUUAUUUAAAUGUGUAACUCAGCUGUUAAAGCUACUGGGGGGGUCUUAUUUAAACCAAAACAUGUUUUUACACUGUGCAGAUGCUGCCAGGUGUCUUAUUUAUUCAGAUCAUUUUUUGAAAUGCAGAGACUAGUUGAAUAACUUUAACCUGAUGACAAGCUGCAAGGCUGCUUUGAUCCUGUAGAAUGUAAGCUGCAAGCUUUUUUUAGUCUGAUGCAAACUGUGGCUAUUGUUAUGGCAAUGCAAACCCACCAGGCCACAUCUGCUCUCCAAAACAAUCAUAUGUCCUUAAUACUGUGUGCACCGAAAAACCUCUCACUGUUCUAUUGUACAUGCAUUUGUAAAACAUCAAUCUGCCUCCACUGCUGCAUUUAGCAAAAUGUCUGCCUCAGUGUGCGUGUGUGUGUAUGUGUGUGCGUUCAUGCGUGUGUGGGCUGCCUCUCUCUCCUCACUCAUCUCAUUUAUGGUUUCAGUGUAAUGUAGUUCUGCUGACACACGCUGAACGUGGAACACUAAUGACUAUUAUAAUGAUAAAAAUAACAUUAUUAUGAAGCACAUGAGACAUACUGUGGGGACUUUUCAACAAGCACUAUUUUUCAUUGUACUUUGUACAUUGUACCUACUUCUUACACAAUUAAACUAAACUGACUGCACAA